CCAAGCAGAAAGCUGUGACCAGCAGCGUCCUCCAUUCCCUUAGCCUCAGUGGCUGCACUAGCCACAGCUGGCACUGAGCUCUGCUGGCACCGCCUCCCACGGAGACCCUUGCUGUCAGCACUGCAGCCUGUUGUCCAGCCCCGGCCUCAGGAUGGAUGUCCUGGGCACCCCCAAGUCGCUGGAUGAGGAGCUGUACUCUCGGCAGCUGUAUGUGCUGGGCUUGCCAGCCAUGCAGAGGCUUCAGGAGGGUAAGGUCCUGCUGUCAGGGCUUCAGGGCCUGGGGGCUGAGGUGGCCAAAAACCUGGUCCUGAUGGGCGUGGGCAGCCUCACUCUGCAUGACCCCCACCCCACCUGCUGGUCUGACCUGGCUGCUCAGUUUUUCCUCUCGGAGCAGGACUUGGCAAGAAGCAGAGCUGAGGCAUCUCGAGAACGUGUGGCCAAGCUCAACGAAGCUGUCCAGGUCUGCGUCCACACAGGCGACAUCACCGAGGACCUGCUGCGGGACUUCCAGGUGGUGGUGCUGACUGCCUCGAACCUAGAGGAGCAGCUGAAGGUGGGCACCUUAUGCCACAAGCAUGGCGUCUGCUUUCUGGUGGCUGGCACCCGAGGCCUUGUGGGGCAGCUGUUCUGUGACUUUGGCAAGGACUUCACUGUUCAGGACCUUGCAGAGGAAGAACCCCUGACAGCUGCCAUCCAGCACAUCUCCCAGGGCUCCCCUGGCAUUCUCACUCUGAGAAAAGAGGCUGACGCCCGCUACUUCCGUGACGGGGAUUGGGUGACUUUCUCGGGCAUCGAGGGCAUGACUGAGCUCAACGGCUGUGAUCCCCGGCCCAUCCGCGUGCAAGAGGACGGGACCUUGGAGAUUGGGGACACAACAAGUUUCUCCUGUUACUUACGUGGCGGAGCUGUGACUGAGGUCAGGAAACCCGAGACUGUGAGCCAUGACCCCCUGGAUACAGCCCUACUCCGACCCCACGUGGUAGCCCAGAGUCCCCAGGAAGGUCGCCGUGCCCGCUGCCUGCACCAGGCCUUCCGUGCACUGCACAAGUUCCAGCACCUCAGUGGCCGCCCACCACAGCCCUGGGAUCCGGCCGAUGCCGAGAAGGUGGUGGACCUGGCCCGGGCCCUGGAACCACUGAGGGGCGCAGAGGGAGAGCCGCUAGAUGAAGCUCUCGUGCGGACGGUUGCCCUGAGUAGUGCUGGUGUCUUGAGCCCCAUGGCAGCCAUGCUGGGUGCAGUGGCCGCCCAGGAAGUGCUGAAGGCAGUCUCCAGGAAGUUCGUGCCCCUGGACCAGUGGCUGUAUUUUGACGCCCUCGAUUGCCUCCCAGAAGAGGGGGAGUUCCUUCCUAAUCCUAAGGACUGCGCACCGAGAGGCUGCCGCUACGAUGGGCAAAUCGCGGUGUUUGGGGCUGGUUUUCAGGAGACGCUGAGCCACCAGCGCUACCUCCUGGUGGGUGCUGGUGCUGUCGGCUGCGAGCUGCUCAAAGGCUUUGCCCUAGUGGGCCUGGGGGCCGGGGCCAACGGGGGCCUGACUGUCGCCGACAUGGACCACGUCGAGCGCUCCAACCUCAGCCGUCAAUUCCUCUUCAGGCCUCGAGACAUUGGUAAGCCCAAGGCAGAGGUGGCUGCAGAGGCCGCUCGCCGCCUGAACCCAGACCUGAAGGUGACCCCACUCACCUACCCUCUGGAUCCCACCGGAGAGCACAUCUAUGGGGACGACUUCUUCUCCUGCGUGGACGGCGUGGUAGCCGCUGUGGACAGUUUCCAGGCCCGGUCCUAUGCGGCUGCUCGUUGCACCCACUAUCUGAAGCCACUGCUGGAAGCAGGCACACAGGGCACGCGGGGCAGUGCGUCAGUGUUUGUGCCGCAUGUGACUGAGGGCUACAGAGGCCCUGCCUCCGCUGCUGAGGAUGCGCCCGACCCUGUCUGCACCAUGCGGUACUUCCCCAGCACGGCUGCACACACCUUGCAGUGGGCCCGGGAUGAGUUUGAGAGGCUCUUCUGUCUGUCUGCCAAGACCAUCAACUGCUCCCAACAGGCACUUACUUCUCUGGCAGACAGUGACAGGCCACAGUCGCUGCCCCUGCUGCAGGUGGUGGUGGGCGUCCUGAGACAUCGUCCACAGAACUGGCAAGACUGUGUAGUGUGGGCCCUUGGCCACUGGCAGCUCUGCUUCCGUUACGGCAUCAGGCAGCUGCUCAGGCGCUACCCGCCUGAUAAAGUGCUUAAGGAUGGAACACUUUUCUGGUCGCAUCCCAAACAGUGUCCUCAGCCCUUGGAGUUUGAUGCCAGUCAAGACACGCACCUGCUCUAUGUGCUGGCAGCGGCUAACCUGUACGCCCAGAUGCAUGGGCUGCCUGGCUCACGAGACCAGCCUGCACUCAGGAACAUGUUGGAGUUGCAGCCACUGACUGACCCCCAACACCUGGACUCCAUCUUUUCCAGUGACCUGGCUUCCACUGAGCUUGGCCCUGAGCAGGUGGAGAGACUGAACGAAGCCCUGCAAGACUGGAGUAAGGGCUCCCCACUGGAGCCCCUGAGGUUUGAGAAGGAUGAUGACAGCAACUUCCAUGUGGACUUUGUGACAGCCGCAGCAAGCCUGCGAGCUCAGAACUAUGGGAUCCCACCAGCCAGCCGCAUCCAGAGCAAGCGAAUCGUGGGCCAGAUUAUCCCAGCCAUUGCCACCACUACGGCAGCUGUGGUGGGCCUGGUGGGCCUGGAGCUAUUUAAGGUGGUGAGCGGGCCACGGCCCCUCAGUGCCUUUCGCCACAGCUACCUGCACCUCGCUGAAAACUCCUUUAGCCGCUAUGUGCCCCGUGCCCCAGCCACCCAGAGGUUCCAUCACCUGACCUGGACCUGCUGGGACCGCCUGGAGGUGCCUGCUGGGCAGCCCGAGAGGACCCUGGAAUCACUCCUGGCCCAUCUCCAGGAACAACAUGGGCUGAGGGUGAAGAUGCUGCUGCAAGACACGGCCCUGCUCUACUCGGCAGGAUGGUCACCUGAAGAGAGGGCCAGGCGCCUGCCCCUCAGGGUGACAGAAUUGGUGAGACAGGUGACACAACGGCAAGUACCUGAGCCUGGGCAGCGAGUGCUGGUACUGGAGCUCAGCUGUGAGGGUGAGGAUGACGACACUACCUUUCCACCCCUACAUUACCAGCUGUGACAAGGCAGCAGCCCACCACCCCUGCAGAGCUCUGCAUCAGAGCCUCCAAUAGGUGCUCAAUAAAUGCUUGUUGAA